AUGGCUGGGUUGCAAAGAUCAGCUGUUUCAUUUCGCAGACAAGGCUCUUCUGGACUUAUAUGGGACGACAAAUUCUUAUCAGGUGAAUUGAAUCAGCAUAUUAACCAUAAGUACAAAAUUACAAAAUGUAACAAAGCUUCUCAUUCCAAGGGACAACAAGGACAACCCAAAGAGGAGAAUAUGCAGGUGAAGGCAGCUUCAUCAAGAACCUUUGGAUUAAAGGAGAGGAGCAAAUCCAACGGCGCUGGUAGGGUGUCUACAGCUAUAGAACCGUCGUCUCCUAGGGUAUAUGCAUGUGGAUUGUGUAGAGGUAUUGGCAAAAAAAAUAAGUCCCGCCGUGGAAUUCAAAACAGUAAGCGUGCUUUUUGA